GGGUGCUAGGGAUUACUAGGGACUGGGUGGGCCUGGGCAUCGCUGUGGGUUGGCAGCUCUAUGGACACAGGAACUUACCCCUGGGGGCUCCCUCCUUUCCCAGUGGCUACCCUGCCCCCAGCCCUGUGGGGUGGGCCGUGACUCGCAUGGGCAGCUCCUGGCAUGGCUGGGCCUCUACAGUUUGGCCAACUCCGAGCUGUCCUCAGUCACGAGGAUUUUUAAAAGAGCGACGUCCUCGGGACCGUCAGGGCUGGGGGGAGGCGGGUUCCGUUUGCCAGCAUUUCUCUGCCGUCGUGAGGGCUGGGAAUUUGCGCCUUGCCGGCGCUGGGAAGUUACCCCGGUUUAUCCAUCCCACUGCAGCUGGUUCACGCAGCCUGAGUGCGGACGCAGCGGGUGGAGGCGCUGCCAGCGCGGGACGUGUCCCGUCAGGGGCGGGGACUGACCUGCGCCAGAUGUUUCGCACAAGGAGUGUGGAGAAUAUCCAGUUCCUGCCCUUCCUUACCACCGAUGUAAAUAACCUGAGCUGGCUGAGCUACGGGUGCUUGAAGCAGGACUGGACACUGAUCACCGUGAACGCCAUCGGGGCGGCGCUGCAGACCCUGUAUAUCCUGGUGUACCUCUAUUUCAGCCCCGAGAAGCGCCGGGUUCUGCUGCAGAGCGUGGCCCUGCUGGGGGUGCUGACCCUCGGCUUCUGCUACUUCAACCUCCUGACCCCAGACGUGGACGUGCGCCUGGCACACCUGGGGCUCUUCUGCAGUGUCUUCACCAUCAGCAUGUACCUCUCGCCCCUGGCUGUCUUGGCCAAGGUCAUCCGGACCAGGUCAACCCGGUGCCUGUCCUUCCCACUGACUGUGGCCACCUUCCUGGCCUCGGCCAGCUGGACGCUCUAUGGCCUCCAGCUCAAUGACCUCUACAUCAUGGUCCCUAACGUCCCCGGGAUAGUCACCAGCAUCCUGCGGCUCUGGUUAUUCUGGCAGUUCCCUCCGGACCAGGACAAGCUCUACAAGCCCCUGCAGGCCUGAGGCCUGGGACCUGCCAUCUCCGCCAUCCUGGGGCAGGAAGAAGCAUCACUGAGCCCUUGUGGUGGGGAGCCAGCGGCAGGUGCAGACCCAGCUCCUCAGCCCGUGGGUCGAAUGAUUUCCCUCCCCCCAGUACCUUCACUGACCGAUGAAGGGAGGAGCCAAUGCUCACACUGUGAUUCUACUGCCCUUGCCCCUGCCCUGGUGGCGGCCCCUGCCAGCCGCCCCCUUAGGCCUGCCUUAGCCAAAGAGCCUUGCACGGCACUACACGGGUACUGCCCCCUGCCUGGGGCUCUGCUGCUCCUGGGGGGCUCUGAGGAGUCAUGGCUGCCUUGCCGCAAGGGAUGCCCCCACACCUCCAGCCAUUUUCAUUUUUCUUUGGUUUGCUCUAUUGGGAAUAGUGCCUUUGACACUUCAGCAGUGCCCCUGCACCAACCCCCAUGCACCUGGCCAGCUCUGGGGACUCUCUUCCUCCCUGCUGUGCUCAACCAUUCUAGGGGGCUGUGGUGGGAGCCAAGUGCGGUGCUGGGGGGCUGCCCUCUUCUCUGUUGGAUGCCUUGGUUUGUAGUGCUGUUUUGUAUGAGCAUAAGUGCCUUUUAAUAAAUCAAAGCCAGAG